AUGAGACAGAAGUCCCGUUGUCGGUGGGCUUUGGAAGGCGAUGAGAACUCCGCCUUUUUUCAUGGGUUGUUCAACAAAAGGAAAAAGAAAAAUUGCAUUCCUGGGAUCUAUAGUGGUGACAAGUGGAUUUCAAAUCCAAAACUGGUUAAAAGAGAAAUUUUGGGUUUCUUUAGGAACCAUUUUUAUGAAAAGAUUCUUAACAGGCCGGUGUUCAACUGUCAUGAUUCUAACAAACUUUCGGAGCUGGAAGCUGAUGCAAUCUCAGGGAUCUUUUCCGAUAAAGAAAUCAAAGAUGCGGUCUUCGAAUAUGGUUCGGAUAAGGCCCCGGGGCCUGACGGAACGAUUGAUAAGAGUGCUAGCUCAUCUUUUAUUACUUUGGUUCCUAAAACAAACGAUCCCUCUGGAAUGAAGGACUACAGGCCGGUUAAUCUCAUUGGGUUAAUUAGUAAGGUUAUAUCUGAAAUUCUUGCCAACCGUAUUAAAGGGGUUAUGGGGAAAAUUGUGUGGGAGUCUCACUCGGCGUUCUUGAGAGAUAGGUUUAUUUUGGACAACCCUCUUAUUCUAAGCGAAGUGCUUUCUUGGAUCAAAAAGUCGGGUAGAAAGGCUUUCGUUUUGAAGAUUGAUUUUGAAAAGGCAUAUGAUAACGUUAACUGGGGAUUUUUGCUCCACUUGCUAUCUCAGUUGGGUUUUCCAAAUAUUUGGUGUAAAUGGGUGGAAGGUAUUCUCGCUUCGGCUAGAUCGUCGGUACUUGUUAACGGUUCGCCGACUUUUGAGUUUCAGUGCACUAAAGGCCUUAGACAAGGUGAUCCCCUCUCUCCCUUCCUUUUCCUGUUUGUUAUGGAAGCUUUUUCUUACAUUGUUGACAUUGUGUGUAAGUCCGGAAAGUUAAAAGGGAUUAAAUUACCUAAUGGCGGGCCAGUUGUUUCGCAUCUUCUUUAUGCGGAUGACGCGUUGAUUGUUGGCGAAUGGUCUAGGGAGAAUAUUAUAGUUGUUACCAGAAUUCUUCAUUUUUCAAAACCGGUUGGCGUCUUGGAACUCGUCAAGGCUGUUCUUGAAAGUCUGCCUGUAUAUUAUUUUUCGAUCUUUAAAGUCCCUGUUAAAGUUGUAGAGAGGCUCGAAUCAUUUAAGAAGAACUUCCUAUGGGGAGGGUCGGAGACGGGAAGAAAGAUGCAUUGGGUAGCAUGGGAUUUAGUGACACGGUCAAAGAAAAAUGGUGGUCUUGGUAUCGGUAAACUAAAGCUUGUAAACGAAGCUCUUUUGGCGAAGUGGGCUUGGAGGUAUCAGUCGGAAAUCAAUAGUAUGUGGAGGAAAGUGGUUACGACUUGUCAUGGUAAAAGUAGAAAAUGGUUUGAUUUUCCGUGUAACGCUACUUCAACGGGAGUUUGGAAAAACAUCAUGAGAUCGGAAUCUAAGGUGCGUCUUAACGACAAGAAGUUGAAUCACUACAUCAAAGGAAUCCUGGGAGAUGGUAACAACAUUCGGUUCUGGAUUGACUACUGGUUCGUUGAUGGCCCGCUGAUGUUUAAGUGGCCGAGGCUGUUUUCAUUGAAAUCUAAUAAAAAGUGCCUCGUUUCUGAUCGAUUACCGGAGACGGGCACCAAUGUCAAUUGGAGUUGGUCAAGAGCUACCUUUUCGCAGGAGGAGAUGGCUGAAUUAGCAGAAGCCUCAGUUGAUUUAGUUGAUUUGGCUGGGAUAGUUAUUUCGGAUAAUAAGGAUUCGUGGAAAUGGACGUUGGAAGACUCCGGUAUUUUCUCAACUUCUUCUUUUAAAAAAGCGGCGUCGAUUCAGGCUACGGUGGACCCUGUUUAUCGUAUAUGGACUGGAGGUUGGAUCCCGGCCAAGUGUAAGAUAUUUAUGUGGAGAGCGCUCAUUGACCGUAUCCUGACUAGGAAGGCUCUCGCUAGGAGAAACGUCUCGGUCGACUCGGAAAAUUGCGCUUUUUGUGGUGUUUUUACGGAAUCCGUGGACCAUCUUUUUUCAGGGUGCGAGACGGUGUGUGCAGUUUGGGUUUGGUUGAGCGAUUGGGCCAAGAUUAAUCCAUUGUUCGCUUUUUCGUUCAAAGAUGUUAUGUUGAUGCAUAAAGGUGCUUCUGAGGACAAGAGGGCUAGGCUUAUUAUUCGAGGGCUCAUCAUGGUGACGUGUUGGUGUGUGUGGAAGGCUAAAAACAACAAAAUUUUUUCAAACGGUAGAGGGAGCGUCGAAGAGUUCAUUGGAGAGGUUAAGUCUUUGGGUUUUUUUUGUGGCUAA